UGAAGAGCGGCCGACUCCUGGGAGCGGUCGUGACAAACGGAUGACGAUUCGACGUAUCGAACCCAUCGAGGCCGCGCCUUGGUAACAUCUGAGACAACCUGGUCCUCUAUCUCUUAGAAGGUCGUGGCCCUGGCCCGUGGGCGCCUCCAAACCGACAUGUUAUCGAGAGGGGCUAAAGAUAUUCAAUUCGGAGCUUGUCAAUGGAAUCAAGAAACGGGGGAACCUAUCUUUCCGAUGCCGAUAACUCUCGCUUCACAGGCAACCCAGAAUCAGAAAACAAUGACUCUGAAAAGGCUGUAGAGGACCCGCAUGAAACUAAAGGAGAAAGCCUUGAUCAAAUGCUUUCCAGGCACAGAAAAGAGAUGUCUGAGCUUCAAGGCAAGGAAAUGGAGAUGAAAAAGGCAGCUGCCAGAGGCAGCAAAGCUGAACAAAAGGCCAAGAAGAAGCAGGUGGAAGAGGAGAUCUCAAGACUUUCCUCAAAACUUAAGGCCAGACAUUCAAAGGAACUUGCUUCUUUGGGCUAUAAAAGCAAAGAAGGAACAGAGACUAAUGACAUUGAUAAUUUGGUGAAGGCCAUAGCAGGUGUUUCAGCCAAUCAUUCUGAUUCGGCCAAGCCUAGCAGGAGCUUAAGGCGCAAGGAGAAAAGGGCCCAGCAAGAAGCAGCCCGUGAGCAGCGAAUACAAGAAGAGCAAAGCAACAUUAUCAGUGAACGCAUGAUUGAGAAUGAAAAGCUGGAGAAAAAACUUGAGCCCUUAGGGUUGACCAUCAAUGAAAUCAAGCCAGAUGGUCAUUGCCUUUACCGAGCAGUAGAAGAUCAACUCUCACUUCAUGGCAAUUCCUUUAGAUACACAUACCAAGAACUACGAGCCAUGGCUGCUGCCUACAUGAGAGAGCAUGCCACGGAGUUCCUUCCUUUUUUCCUGUCAGAGAACAAGCUAGACACAAGUUCUGAGGAUUCCCUCUCUGAAAAAUUUGAGAAAUACUGUUCCGAAGUCGAGUCAACAGCAGCAUGGGGAGGACAACUUGAACUAAGUGCGCUCAUGCAUUGCUUGAGAAAGCACAUCAUCAUAUUUUCUGGAUCUUUUCCUGAUGUUGAAAUGGGUAAGGAGUACAAGACAGAAGGGGGCAACUCUAAUCCUAGCAUCAGGCUGUCAUAUCACAAGCAUGCGUUUGGAUUGGGUGAGCAUUACAAUUCUGUUGUGCCGAUAUCUAUCUGAAACUUGAUGCCCUUGUCCCUUUUUUUGUUCUUCUCACAUGAUAUGUAUUUUUAUUAUGCCAUCCCAUGAUCACAUUUUUGUCAUCAAGUGGGACAUAAAAGAGAUGCAUUAUGGUAAAAAGUCAAAAUUUUGCUACUGGUUUUUAAGUCAACUUGUGGAAUUUAUUCGCCUUCUAUUCUGAAGGAAUUGACACAGUGAACGUCAA